CUCAAGAUCAUUGCGACAAAAUGGCUGAGUCCGGCAAGUCCAUCAACCCCAUGAAGGAGCUCCGCGUUGACAAGCUCGUCAUCAACAUCUCGGUCGGCGAGUCGGGUGACCGUCUCACCCGUGCCACCAAGGUGCUCGAGCAGCUGACCGGCCAGUCGCCCGUCACCUCGAAGGCCAGGUACACGCUCCGUGGUUUCGGUAUCCGCCGUAACGAGAAGAUCGCCUGCCACGUCACCAUCCGUGGACCCAAGGCCGAGGAGAUUCUCGAGCGUGGCCUUAAGGUCAAGGAGUACGAACUCAAGCGCGGCAACUUCUCGAACAACGGCAACUUUGGCUUCGGUGUCAACGAGCACAUUGACCUGGGUAUCAAGUACGACCCCGGUGUGGGCAUCUUCGGUAUGGACAUGGUCGCCGUCAUGGCGCGACCCGGGUUCCGCGUCUCGAAGCGCCGGGAGCGCAAGUCCCGAGUUGGUUCCUCGCACAGGAUCAAGAAGGAGGAGACUGCUGCCUGGUUCCGUCAACGCUUCGACGGCAUCAUCCUCGCCAAGUAAAAAAAAGGAGGUUCUCUUCAGAUCCACUUGUCUCUUGUAGUUUAUAGACGGGCGAAAAAGUAAACUUUCUUUCUCUCCGUUGCCC